AUGGCGUUCUUUCUCACCAUCCUGCUGGCUUUCCUGUCAGUCGCCAGUGGAGCAUCCUUGUCUGCCAAUUAUCCCAUCAACGCGCAGUUGCCACCUGUUGCGCGAGUUUCACAGCCUUUCCGAUUUGAAUUUGCCCAAAGUACUUUCUCUAACAGUGACGCGGACACCAAAUAUUCGCUAUCAAAUGCACCAUCAUGGCUCGAAGUGGAAAGCAGCAGUCUCACCCUGUCCGGGACGCCAAAGGAAGGCGAUAGUGGCGCCAUCGUCUUCAAGCUUGUGGCAUCAAAUGGAUCGGAAAAAGACAGCAUGGACGUCACUUUGAUAGUGACAGCGGAUCAGGGACCGACGGUGAACAAACCGCUGGUACCUCAACUACAGAAAUCGGGACCGGUCUCAUACCCUGCCACGCUGUUUAUGCACCCAGGCCGUCCAUUUUCGAUCGAGUUCGACCAGCAUACCUUCGACAACACGCAUCCUUCAACGAUCUACUACGGAACAUCGCCGAACAACGCUCCACUGCCUUCCUGGAUCAACUUCGACCCGGCAGCCCUAAAAUUUGCUGGAAAUAGCCCUGCUUUUCCAGGCGCGGGGCCUCAAACAUUUACUUUCCAGCUGAUUGCAUCUGAUGUAGCCGGGUACAGUGCGGCAAACGUGACUUUUGAACUCGCCAUCGGCCCCCACAUUCUGACAUUCAACGAGACCGUCCAAGACUUCAACCUUACGAGAGGAGAAGAGUUCAACAGUCCCAAAUUCACUAGUCUUCUUUCUAUGGAUGGCUCGCCAACUUCUGCCAAGGAGCUAGCAAAAGUCGAUGCCAAAUUGCCGAGCUGGUUGAAGCUGGAUGAGGAAAAUUUGUCGCUGAGCGGGACGCCACCCAAAAAUGCAGUUAACCAAAACAUCACUAUUUCCGUCACAGAUUCUUUCCAGGAUCAAGCGCACUUGAUGGUUCGCCUGGAGUUUUUGAAACUAUUCCUCGAUACCGUGGAUGGCUGUGAGGCAGCUAUUGGCCAAGACUUCAAGUUCGUGUUUAACCAGUCUAUCGUCACGGACGACUCUGUACGAUUGGAGGUCGAUCUGGACAGCGACCUGACGUGGCUUACCUACUUUUCGGACAACAAGACUCUCUACGGACACGUUCCGGAUGACAUGGAUCCCAAGAAGUUCACCAUCCCUCUGACUGCACAUCAAGGCUCGACCGAAGACACAAUGGACUUCGUUCUCGAUGUCCUCAAAGCCUCAGACACCCAUUCAAACCCCACGGAUCCGUUCACUGCCUCUGAUAGCCCCGGCCAUAAGAAGGCUGGCAUCAUCGCCAUCUCAGUCGUAGUCCCGUCGGUGGUAAUUCUGAGUCUGCUGAUUGUCUUCUGCUGCUGGCGUAGCCGAAAAAGCUCACUCACAGUCGAGGAAGGCCUGUCAGACAGCAAGCUUACUCCGCCACGCCCCGUCAGACCAGAUGUCCCUAAUUGCCAGCCAUCAAUGACGGAAAGGCCUUCCCGCGAUGAAAAAUCCGAAGAUUGGAUGAGCCCUAUCUCACCGUCGUCGAUUCCCAAACUGGAACUUGGGCCUGAGUGGAACGUAUCAUCAUUUGAUAAAAGAGAGCACCCAGUCAACUUCACUAUGCCUGAACCCAUCGUUCCCCCUCGCUCUCCUGCUCGCAGCUCCCCCACUCGCCGAGGCUUUGUUCCAAUGCGUGACCCCGUCAUCCAAGAGGAAACCCCCGUCGAAACUGUGUCACCUUCCAAGAAGCAAAAUUAUCGCCUCUCAUACACGAACAGCCCCUUGCGUCGUAGGACCACCAACCGAUCUCGACGAGAACCAUUGAAGCCUAUCCAGGCACGCGCCAUGAAGCGGGAAUCCAUUCAAUCAUCCAAAUCACGGAGAUACUCAAAGCGCUCGAGUGGUAUCUCCUCUAUUGCAUCUGGACUGCCCGUACGAUUUAGCGGAGCCGGCCAUGGCGCCGGCGGCUUUGGACCUCCCGGCCACGGGGUGGUGCACACAUCAUGGCAAAACGCACGAGCCUCAGUGAUGAGCGAUGAGACCAGCCUAACACAUAUGGUACCUUUGUUCUCACGUCCACCAGGAGCCGGACGCAUGCGCCACAGCAUGGCAUCCAGUAUCCCGGAAAAUUACAAGCGCAUGACUCUACGCACUGUCGAGCCUGACGACUCCAUCCUCUCCGAAGCUGAUUCCCUGGAAGCCUUUGUCCACAGCCGAGCCAAGCACCGCAACUCCUCCAACCCUCUCUUCUCCGCUCAAAUUAGCCGACGCACCUCGUCAGGCAAGCGUGCGCUCGGCCGAAACCGCAGCAUGCGCAGCCGCGCCGAUACCGUCUCCGUGUCAACCUUCACCGACGAAUUCCGCCAAUCAAUUCAAGAACGGCCGUUGUCAGUUGCGAUUUCGGCCUCGGAAUAUGGCGACGACAACAACACCAAUCGCUUUUCCCAAUAUCAGAACCAGGCCGGUCUUUUUCCCCUUGCUGAGGGCAGCGUAUAUGGCCAGAGCCAGUUGAGUCUUGCACAAGAAUAUCGGGGUGCUAUCUCCCCGCUGCCACGGUUUUGGAGCGAGAACAGUAUGGGCAGUGCUCGUCAGUUGGAGGGCCAGGGCAUUUCUCAGCUUCAGAAAGUGAAUGAUGAAAACGCCAUGCCGCACAGCUCGUCUAUGGUCUCGGAUUUGGAUGAGCAUCUGUCACGCAAGGUCAGCCCUAAUAAGAGCGCCAAUCAUCAGUGGUGGCUGUCGUCGCCUCUUGAAACCUCGCGGCCGCUGAAGAAUGCCGAUAGCCGGAGUCUUCCUGUAGCCAGUAGCGGGGAGCUGGCAUUUGUUUGA